AUGGAAAGUAUGUGGACAUUUAUAUAUUUUUAUAUUAUUAUAUUAUUAUUAUUAUUCCUCGUAACUAAUAUAAUUGAACCAUUUAAUAUUAAAUUAAACUGAACAAUAGAAUUAUUCGAAAUAAAUCUCUUAAAUAAAUAAAUGUUUUAUCUGGUCAAAAAGCGAAUAAAGAGUUAGUCCUUUGAGGCAUGCUGUUAUAAAUAAUGUCUCAAUUCUGCAGUGUCACGUCAUUUAUACUACACAUAAACAACGAAGUUUUGUAUUCCAAAUAAUUAUGACUUUCUUUCUAGCACAUUUUGUGAAUAAAACAAUUUCUGUGCACGGUCUUAAAAUGCCCUGCAUCAAAUGUGCUAUUAGACAUACAUAAAUCAGAAAAAGAUACAAUUGUUUUUUUUUUUUUUUUAGUGCAGAACUAGGUUUCAAUAAAAGAUUUUUUACAUCAUUCUUCUAACAAUUAUAAAAAUUAAGAAAAUAUGAUUUGAGUUAGUAAAUAUUUGAUACAUCCGUUCGUAUGAUAUGCAUUAUAUGCACAUAUUUUUCACACUCUAAAAUUCUCUACAAAUACAUAAAAACUUAUAGUCUUUAAAUAUGUAAACCAAGAGACAGAAAUAUCCUUUAUUUUAAUUCGAAUUUUAAUAUUAAAUAUGCGUGUUUGUUAUAUAUUAAAUUAUAUUAAGUUAUUAAUCAAAUAAAAAUUAAUGACAAUAUUUAUACUAUAUCACGUAUAUCGUGUCGUACAAUUAAAUUGUUUUUGCUUUUCUGACAGGUAUUGAGAGCAAGCUUCAAUACCUCAAAGAUACUGGAAUAACAGCGAUCUGGCUGUCACCGAUCAAUAAAAGCCCAAUGGUAGACUUCGGAUAUGAUAUAUCGGACUUCAGAGAUGUCGAUCCAACAUUCGGCACCUUAAAUGAUCUCGAAAAUCUUUUGUCUAAAGCUCGCCAACUCGGAAUAAAGGUUAUCUUAGAUCUCGUCCCUAAUCACACUUCUGACCAGCAUGACUGGUUCAAACAAAGCGUCAAAAAUGACACAAAAUAUGCAGAUUAUUAUAUAUGGAAGACUAUGGAAGUAGGAAAACUACCAAACAAUUGGGUCAGCGUGUUUAAUAAUUCAGCAUGGACGUAUCACACCGAAAGGAAACAAUACUAUUUCCAUCAGUUCUUUCGACAACAGCCAGACUUGAACUAUAGAAAUCCAUUGGUACAGCAAGAGAUGAAGGACAUAAUAGGAUUUUGGUUGGACAAAGGAAUCGACGGAUUCCGCAUAGACGCAGUACCACAUUUGUUCGAGACGGAGAACGUAACGCUCAACGAGCCGAAGCUUCCAAACGCCAGCAACAAUCUGAACGAAAGUCACUACGCGUAUUACGAUCACAUAUAUACAAAGGACCAGCCCGAGACUUACGAUUUGGUGCAAUCGUGGCGGGAGUACGUGGACAAUUACGCGAAUAAACAUAAUCGCGACGAAAUAGUACUAUUGACGGAGGCAUACACUUCUUUAAACAACACGAUCAAGUAUUACGACUUCGGUUCACACGUUCCAUUCAAUUUCAAAUUUAUCAUAGACGUCAACGCGAAUUCCAACACCACUGACUUUGCCAACAUUGUCAACAAUUGGUUGAAAUAUAUGCCGAAUGAUGGCGUUCCAAACUGGGUGAUGGGGAACCACGAUCGAGUUCGUGUUGGCACACGUUAUCCUGGCAGGGCUGACCAAUUGAUAAUGCUGGAAAUGAUUCUUCCCGGAAUCGCGGUCACUUACUAUGGAGAAGAAAUCGGCAUGGAGGAUAACUCUACCUUGUAUGUCUACGAUGUUCGUGACGGCUGUCGAACACCAUUCCAGUGGGACGGCACUGUCAACGCAGGUGAAUGAAAAUUUCAAUCUGCAUCUCAAGAACGAGAAAAAAACUAAAUAAUUAACCGAUUGAAAAUUCACUGUCUUAAGUGUGUUAACUCUUUCACCGCGAUAUUUUAUAUUUCUAAAAAUUAUUAGUCACACGAGUGACUAAUAAUUUUUAG